GCUUCAAUAUCACCCGCCAAAUCCAUUCGCCGUUAUUGUUCUCCAUUCUCCCACACGAUAUACCUACUUACCGAGGUAUACGUGAACAUGCACUCGUUGGUGCAACCCAAUGCCUGGGCAGCCCUCAGACUUCCAUCCGGCAAUCUGCGAGUGCUUCAAGUUACACCGAAUACGACUAUCUCCUUAGGAAAAUACGGCUCCUUCCCCACGAACCUGAUCAUCGAGCGCCCAUAUCAUCUGACCUACGAAUUGUUGGACAAGCGUCCUGACGAGGGCUUCAACCGACUCCGCAUAGUUCCCCCAGCCGAACUCUACGCCGAUAUCUUCUCUUCCGACACAAAUACCCCGACGUCCGAGGAUGCGACCCCGGCACCCGAUGCCGAAGGCGCCGACAAUGCUCUCCCCACCGACGUCGAAUACUCGCUGGUUGACUCCGACUCGGGCGCCGUCGUAGCCAUCACCGACCGCGCUGAGAUUGCCGCCGAAGCGCGCCAGACACUCACCUUGAAGGAGAUCGAGGCGUUAAAGAAGGAUGGCACAGACGCCGGGAGAGAAUUGAUCGCAAAGCUCAUGCUAUCACACACCGCCAUCGACCAGAAAACAGAAUACUCUCUCGCGAAGUACAAGCUGCUAAAAACACGCAAGUACAUAAGACGCUUUUCAAUACUGCCGCUGGACAUACCACUGCUGAACCAUUGGACACUUGAGGACAAGGACCCUUCCAAAAUCUUGGAUAUGAGGGAAGAAAUGGUGGCGCUCGUAGGGUGCUGGGCGAACGUGCACUUUGGCGGGGAGGAUCCAAGCAAAGCAGCGCAACCAUCGGUCAAGAUAAAACCAGAGGAGGGGGAGGAGGAGGAGGAGGAGGCUAUGGAGAUUGGGGAGGAAGCAGCCGAAAUAACAGACACGUCGGUUCCUGGUCGCUGGCUUGUCAUAGACGAUACAGGUGGAUUUCUCGUAGCCGCUAUGGCUGAACGGAUGGGCAUCCUCUACCCACUCGAGGCAGAUUCUACGAAUACGGAGGACCAGCAGCAGAAGACCAAGCCCAGCCACAUAGACUCAUUCAGUGGAAACCAGCCGACCUUGAAAGAAGGAGAAGGUGCUACGGAAUCCCAUGCGAAAAAGAGCGAAAACGUCCAAGAGAAACCCGAGCCCGAAGAAGGGACGAAACCAUCCUCACCACAGACAACACGCAAGCGUCCGCGCAGAGAAGACACAAUCCCCUACGCCCACGCCAACACGAUAACACACAUCCACGCCAACGCGCAGCCGAACCUCAGCUUUCUGCGGUACUACGGCUUCGACAUGAUCAACCCGUUCCACACGCCUUCUCACCCAUUAGCUUCGCACCUAACAGCGCUGUCUUGGCUCCAGCUCCUCGAGCCCUCUCUCGACGCAGUCUACAGUUCCCCCGAGCCUAGCGCAACGCCAGAGGAGAUUUACAGCUGGAAGACGAAUCGACGAAGCACAUUCCACCGGAAACGUAAGCGAUGGCUACGAACGCGCCAUAUCAUCGAUUCGACUCGUAAGGGAGGGUUCACAGGGCUUGUGGUAGCCAGCACCAUGGACCCCAUCAGCAUAAUGCGAGCCUGCGUGCCAUUACUCGCCGGCGGUGCUCUAAUCGCCAUCUAUUCACCCACGAUCGAACCCUUAACCGAGUUGGCAGACUGCUACUCCCUUGGCCGACGCGCAGCAUGGGCCUCAAACCCACCCCCCUCCCUCCUCUCCAAACCCACGUCCGAACAAGAGAAUUUCCCCGGCAACGAAGACUUCCCCUUAAAUCCCUCUCUUAUCCUCGGGGCCUCUAUCCAAACAAGUCGAGUACGGAAAUGGCAAGUUCUACCCGGAAGGACGCAUCCCGUCAUGACGAGUCGGGGCGGUGCAGAGGGCUAUGUGUUUACGGCGACGAGGGUUGUGCCUGCGGAGGGCAAGGUUGAGGCUAGAGGGAAUAUUAGGAGCAGGAAGAGUAGGAAGGUUGAAUCUGAAGGGCAGGAUAAGGGUGAGAGUGAGGGGGCAGAGUGAGGGCCAGAGCCGAAAUAUACGUACAUACCCAGGGGGGAGUGAAAGUGAGUCACUAUGUACGUACCUACCUAUUACUAGCUGUAUAAAGAGGACUAUAUAUAUAUACCCUUAUAUCAUAUUCAUAUAGUUACAUGACAGAAGAAAAAAAA